AUUGUGAUUUUGGAUUAAUUCUUGGAUUAAAAUUAGUCUUGGCUAAAUUUAUGGCUCUAAUCACCAUUACCAUCAGUGCCUCGAAAAGGCCUCGAGGCACUAGGGAUGUCUCGGUCUGAUCCUAACCCGCGUCACAAGCUUUUCCUAUAUGUACACUUGUUUCCCCCUCGAGACUUUUCCCAAGUUGCCAUGUCCCAACCCUGCGACGCGUUGCAGGCCGUGGCGGUGGCACAUCGCCCUGCAUUGCGCGAACGUGCAGGACAACCAUUAAUUACACCUGCACCACCCGUAGGAUAUCCAACAUCUGUCCAUGCUUCCCGUCCAUUGCGCUCUUCUCCUCUCGCUGGGCCAGCAUUUUCUAGUAAUCCAUCAAUCGUAUCUAUAGAGUCGAGUCAAUCACAUUGUCCAAGUCUUUUUAGCAUAGACGUCGGUCCAUAUUCUCGCUCACAACCCUCAUCUAUCAUCUCUCACACUGGUUCUAUUUCUGCCACUACGUCCUCGCAUGCCCAUCGUGCCCCCAGACCCUUAGGCGGACCGUCCAAGAGCGCCGGUGCCAUUCCCACCCUCGGCCUAGACGCCCGCCCAUAUUCACGCUCCCCACCCUCAUCUUUCAUUUCUUAUACUGGUUCUGCUAGCUCAUCCUCCUUCUCGUCGCAUGCGCACCGUGCUCCCACAACGGGAUCAAUCAAGAGCACUAUCUCUACACUUAAUCUGUUUCGACGGCAUGCCAAGGAGGAGCCAGCAGCACCACUUCCUACCCAAGCACCACUCGGGCAUAGUCGCUCAGCAUCAUUUCCAUGCCAAACAGUUCCCACGCCAGCCCAUGUCCCACAAGCCUACUCACCAAGUGUUGCUCGGCCAGUCUCCCGAAAACCUUCAGUGUCCCGAAACCCGGAUGAUAACUGGAUGUCGUCUACUCCAUUUGGUCCUGCGUCUACGCCCCGCUUUUCCAGACAAGCGAUGUCAUCACAACCAGUCGUGAUGCCCCUGAGUGCUAGGGAAUACCGCCGACGAAAAUGUGCCAGCAUGAUGACGAACACGGUGUAUUCGGCUGCAUCUGGUUCACCGGUCUCCGGCAGGGAAGGUGUAAAUUUUCUACCUCAUAUUGAAGAGGCCUCCGGUCCUUCUCCUUCCGUUCCCUCAUCCGGAAAUAGGUCUUCCAGGCGUGCCUCGUCUCCUUCGCUUCCAUCCUCACGGGUAUCUCUUCCCCCAAGUUCUCGGGAACCCGCAUUGUCCGAGACAAGUUCGAUCAGCAGCAGCUUCUUCUCAUUAUCGUCUGAGAACGAGGCAGAAAAUGCCGUCAUCACUGCGGUUGAUCCCGGCGCAACGCCGUCCCGGAGGAUGUCUUACCCCAACCCAACCCAGCGUCAUUCACGCAUUAGUCUCGUGGAUGCCGUAAGUCGCCUUUCGCAGAUGAGCGGGGCAAGUGGAGAUACCGUGUUUUUGGAUAUGGAUGACAGUCUUAACCCUCGUCAGAGACAGAUCUCUGUGACGGAGGAUGACGGAGUGCUCAGAAGGGCGAGCUCUAGAAGAGUACUCAGAAGGGCAAGCUCGAGAAGGAAGAAACCUGAUGCACCUUCCCGAGAACCGCUAAUGGCGGACGCCGCGGCACAACCUACUGCGCUACAAGAACGCACUCGAGUGGUCAGGAUUCUGGAAGCCAGCGAAGUUUCGUCUACUCCCGUGCUUGACAGCACGUUUUCUGGCGCAUCCCAUGACCAUGAAGAACUUGUCUCCGGUGACAUAUCCACCGAGCAGGCCGCUCCUGAAUCGAAGCUGGACUCGAAGGCGCCAGGCACUUCGUCCGCUGAGGCACAGGUCAGGUCUCGCAAGAAGCUUACCAAAUCUCGAAAACAAUCUAUUCAGGUACCACAAGCACAAUUAGCUACCCCUUCAUUACCCUGGAUACCUCGCCCUUCUUCACCGUUCUUCAGGGGUAGUGCAAAACAGAACACUCCAAAUGUUCCCACACCGGACGCGACCCUCCAGGAAAAUGUUCCGCUGACUGAAGAGAUAGGAGAUAGCGGAAAGGAGAACAAACGUCUGGGUCGUCGAUUGACAUUCCAGUUUAUUCCCUCCCCCUCCUUUUACAAGCGACCCAAGUCGGCUUCAGGCAGUGCUCCAAGCCUUGACUUGAGGUCUCCGAUGAGGAAUGACGCACGGCAAGGAAUGUCUGAACCUGAUUCCCGGUAUGGAACGGAUAACAGCCUGACAGGUAGCGCAACUACUAUCACCUUGUUGCCUCCUCCGCCUAUUACGUCUUCUUCCAGUGUAUCCUCAAGUGCGGGAAAUUCUACUUCAAGCUUGACUGAUGGCAGUAGCACGAUGGGGUCACGGGACACUGGCGCUACUUCUAUCAAUGCUCCGAACCUCCAAACCGCUUCUCGUGGCGCAGAAUAUUCUUACCCCAAAAUCCCGUCGAACCUGAAGCAGAGCAUGGUAAUGCAAUGGGGCAGUGACAAUGACAGUGACCAGCAAGACAACUCAAGACAUGCAUCCAAAACUUUCGUCGACCCCCCUAAUGCCUCGCAUGAUCAAGAAGUACAAGCAUCGUCAUCUUCCUUUUGUACCGUCACCUCUUACGCAUCAUUCACCUCGUAUGCCACAUCAGGCUCUACACCUACUGCUCUAGAUGCCAAAAACACGUUUCGCCACCACGACCAAGCACCGGAUCCUAAUGUCCACCCUAUGUGGACAGUUCCUAUGGUCACGAUCACCGCUGCCUCACCAACCAUCCCCCCACCGCGCGCUAACGAAAUUUCUCCCAUACUUCACGAACUCCACGUAGAACCCUCUUUUCUAGCUAUUCCCGUCCCCGUUCCUACCCCGAGGCCUACAGCACGCCUGAAGCGCCCGCGUCCACGUCCACGCCCACAGACGGCACCUGCUUCACCCACCGUGCCGCAUUUUCCGACUCCAACUUCGAAAUCACCGCGGACUGCCGGAGCGUCGUCAAGGUUCAAAUCUAUAUUCCGCAGUCUUCUUAGUCGUGCAGGCUGAUCAUCAGGGUCAUCUUUGAUUUUAGCAAGAAGUUUGAUGCUGAUCCUCCAGUAUAUU